UAUAAAUGAGCUAAAUACACUUCAAUCCGAAUUAUGCCGUCCCUUGCAAAUUUUCUGGACUGGUGCCUUGCGAUUUAUGGUAAUGAAGCCGCUUUUCCGAUCGGUAUUUCAAAGUUCAUAAAGGACAUUUCCUGUAAUACCCCUAUUUGUGCUAUUCUCCCUCUUGAUGAAGAAUUACGACGUGUUUGUGACAAAAUUAAAAGAAGUGUGCCUGUUAAAGAAUUUCCGAGUGAUAUGGAAUUGUUGCAAAGAAAGUGUCCUGCUUUAUUUGGCAUUUUCUCAUCUUUAAGUGAUUCAUUUGCACCUGCAGAAUUCAUACCUUUGUUGACCGACCUGCUCAAUAUUGCUGACAAUGCUUUCAAAGAUUGUGAAGCACCGCAGGAUGAUUCUGUUGUAAAUCCUUCCUCGCUGUUAGCAAACUUCCCUUCCCUAAAACCUGUUCGUGGCAGAGGGACAUACGCUGCAGACAAAGGAAAGCAAACGUUUGAGAAUCCAUGCACGAAAAAGUCUGGAAGACAUCCCACUCUUCUUCCUGGUAUAUUCCUUAUUUUUUGUCAGCAUGGUAUAAACUAUGGAUACUCCGUAAUGACUACUAACGAAUCCCCAGAUAUGCCAUUUACAAUCUUGCGAUCUCGAUUUACACGAGCUCCUAGAGUCGUUGUAUACGAUAAUGCUUGUAAUUUGCAUUCCUACUGUCUGAAUCGUGAUCCAGCCUUUUUUAAAGACACGCAAUUUUUAGUAGAUCGCCUUCACUGGGCAGAUCACACAGGUUGUUCCAGCGCCUACCAUAUCUCUUGCUAUCCUGACUAUGACUAUCUCAACAGUCAGAUUGCCGAACAAAGCAACUCUGGACUGAAAAAAAUUAAAGGACCCCUUUCUUAUAUGAACGACGAAAAUUUCUCCAGACACUGUAGCUUCUACUUAUGGUUCAAAAAUAGAGAAAUUAUGAUGAGAAAUAUUAACAGAUGAAUUAAUAAUUAGUGUAAUAAUGUAAAUAAGAAGGAUAGUGACGUAAAGGUGUCAGUUGAAUGUGUAUAAAACGUAACGCUUCAAAAAUAAAGGGCUCCUUGUAUAAUUAUUUUCAUUAUUAAUCUCCAUGCAUGCAUUCCUUUUCGGAUGAAACACAUGCACGGUAUAUUAAGAUUGUAACAUUUGAUCCACCGCUUGCUAUAUGAAUGUUUCGUAAUAAACUCUUUCGUAAUAGCGUAAUAACCUCUAUGAAUUAUAAGUUUGGUGGCACAGAUUUCUUUAAGGAGUCAAUAUAUCUUGUUUAGAUUUACUUGACAUAAGUUGUCACUCAAUAAGAAUAUAUACAGACGUAUCAAAUCUAAAACCAUGCAACACAUCCACUCGCAAAAGCAUUUGGGAAGCCUGCAGAGUUGUGUCUGGGUAGCCGUUUAAAUAAUGGUGUGAGUUCGAUU